AUUUUACCCAAAGAAGUUCAACUUUGUUAUUUCCAAAAACAUGUAGUAUAUUCUGGCGGUUUCAUCAUACAAGCACAUCCCACUUGUGCAGCUGCAGUAAGACAGUUAGUGAUGAAAAAUACCAAGACCCUUUUCAACUUGGUAGAAAAGACUUGAAGAAUCUCUAUGAAGAUAUUAAGAAGGAAUUACUUGUGUCUACCGCAGAACUGAAGGAAAUGUGUGAUUAUUACUUUGAUGGGAAAGGAAAGGCCUUUCGACCAAUGAUUGUGGUGCUAAUGGCAAGGGCUUGCAACAUUCACCAUAGUAAUUCCAGGGAGGUGCAAGCAAGCCAGCGCUCUGUGGCCAUAAUUGCUGAGAUGAUCCACACAGCUAGCCUGGUUCAUGAUGAUGUCAUUGAUGAUGCAAAUUCUCGCAGAGGAAAAAUGACAGUCAAUCAAAUCUGGGGAGAGAGGAAGGCUGUUCUAGCUGGUGACUUCAUCCUCUCAGCUGCUUCCGUAGCUUUAGCACGAAUUGGAAAUACCACUAUCAUCUCCGUUCUAACGCAGGUGAUUGAAGACCUGGUGCGUGGUGAAUUCCUCCAGUUGGGUUCCAAGGAAAACGAGAACGAGAGAUUUGCUCACUACCUCGAGAAGACCUUUAAGAAGACUGCGAGUCUUAUAGCAAACAGUUGUAAAGCAGUUUCAAUUCUAGGCUGCCCUGAUCCCAAAGUUCAUGAGAUUGCAUACCAGUAUGGAAAAAACGUUGGCAUAGCUUUUCAGCUAAUAGAUGAUGUGCUGGAUUUUACAUCAUGUGCUGAUCAUCUGGGGAAACCAACAGCAGCAGAUCUCAAGCUGGGCUUAGCUACAGGCCCGGUCUUGUUUGCUUGUCGACAGUUUCCAGAAAUGAAUGCCAUGAUAAUGAGACGAUUCAGUAAGCCAGGAGAUGUUGAACGCGCUCGGAAAUAUGUGAUGCAGAGUGAUGGUGUGCAGCAGACAACCUACCUCGCCCAGCGCUACUGCCAUGAAGCCACGAGAGAGAUCAGGAAACUGCGGCCGUCCCCGGAGCGGGAAGCCCUGAUCCAGCUGACGGAGAUGGUGCUCACAAGAGACAAGUGAGAGAACUCCUCCCACUCCUUCUGGCAGCUACUUACCAGACUGUGCCUAAAUUUAGUUCAAAAGUUAUUUGCUUCCAACACAGGCUACCAAAAAUUAUUUUUUUAAAAA